CCCCCCGCCGGUGAGGCGCGGGCGGCUCUGCCGGUGGCUGCGGGAUGGCGCAGCCCGGGGAGGCUUCGGCGUACACGGCGGCCGCGGCCAUGGACAGCAACGUCCUGGCCAUCGUUAUCGCCGCGACUGUGUCCACCUCAGUCUUCAUCGUGGCCAUCCUCAUCCUGCUGCUGCUCCUGUACCACCGGGAUCCCAUGUGCUGCCAGUUCCUCUGCUCCUGCCGCUUCUUCCGGACCCCCAGCCAGUAUGACUGCCCCCCACCCUACUUCAGCAGCAGCCAGCGCCUGGUGGGUCCCCAGCGAGGAGCAUCACGGCUGGAGAGUGCUGCUGAGAACCCUGCUGUGCAGGGAGAUGAGCUGUUCUGUGUUGGUCCCCCCAGCAACUACCAGCUCCCCUCCUGGGAGCAGCCCCGCUUACCAAGCUACGAGAGCGUGCGGAAGAAAGAUCGCCAGCGGGAAAUCCAUCAGAUGAUUGCUGAGAGGUUUGGGCUGUGGGCAGAGCCUUCCCAGGAGAUGCCGCCUCCCUAUGAGCAUGCUCUGAGGCAUCCUCCAGCUUUCUCAGGAACAGGAAUCAGCUCAGAGACUUUAGACAGACGUGGGGGGACAGACCCAUUCCAGGCCCCCCUCGGCUACCAGACCCAGCGGAACACGGCCGUGUGAGGCCCUGGUGCUGCUGCUUCUCCUGCUCAGUGACACAAGUGCCUGGGAUGUCGUUCUCCUCCCCAGGGAGUGGCUGAACCUC